GAGGAGUCGUAGACAAGAUGUGAGACAUGGAAACCCUAUGACUCAGUGCCGAGGUUUCAACCUGAAAGCAUACAGAAAUGCUGCAGAAAUAGUCCAGUAUGGAGUAAAAAACAACACCACGUUUCUUGAAUGUACACCCAAAUCUCCUCAAGCUUCUAUUAAAUGGUUACUACAGAAGGACAAUGACAGAAGGAAAGAAGUCAAGCUUAAUGAGAGGAUCAUAGCUACUGAUCAAGGUCUCCUGAUUCGCUCUGUCCAAGACACUGAUCGAGGACUCUACCACUGCAUUGCCACAGAGAACAGCUUCAAGCAAACCUUAGCCAAGAUCAAUUUCAAAGUGUUGGAUUCCGAGAUGGUGGCCUUCAUGACUGACAAGUGGUCACCUUGGACCUGGGCCAGUUCAGUACGAGCGCUGCAGUUCCACCCAAAGGACUUUGUGGGAGCAUUCAGCCAUUCAGAAAUGCAGAUGAUUAAUCAGUACUGCAAAGACAGCAGACAGCAAGGUCAGCAAAGGGAACAGUCCCAGAAGAUGAGAGGGGACUACAGCAAAUUAAAGGCCCUUAUUAAUAGCAGGAAAAGUAGAAACAGAAGGAAUCAGUUACCUGGAUCUUAAUUUCAUUUGGUAGCAACAGAUAUCUUUGUCCUCACUGUAGGGGGCUUAUAUUUGCCUGUUGAGAACAAAUUUGAGCAAACUUGAUAAAAAUUUAAAUGAAGAUCCAAUAAGCCUCAGAAAAGAUUCUCCUCACAACAAAAUGCAGUGUAACUUAAGGAACUUAAGGAAAAAUAUUGGAGCAUUUUAUUUCCUAGAUGCUUACAGGCACUAGGCUGAGCCCUGUCCUAGACACAAAACUGAGUAUUUAUCUUAAACCAGAUUCACAUUUGACAUCUCAAUAUUUAAUUACUGUUGAAUAGAAAUCUUUUUAAAAAUCAGUGUAUUACUUUAUGAGUCUGGAACUGUACCUAACGGAAGGAUGGGGAAAGAAUCUGGGUUAAGAUGCAUGCUCAGAGUAGAAUGGUACUAAGAUUUCCUUGCACUGCGUUUAAGAACAUGAGUUUCUACUUGUUUACGGUUCAAUAUUGGGUUUACAGCUUUCAAUCAUUGUUCAAAUCGUGUGAAUGCAUGCAGAUAGGAAGCGAGUAAAGUACAGUAGAAAUGUUUCACUCAGAGGUCAAAUGAAGGAACAGGUAGAAGAA